CCUUUCCAAUUCCAAUUCCAAUUCUUAAUCAUACACCUUCAUAGCAAGUACUAACAAAUAAUAAAAACACACCCACAACAAUCAUAGGAAACCAGAAAACACCCACUAAGCACCUUCAGCUUCUUCUCCUUCUACUUCAUCAUCAUCAUCUUCUCCCCCUAAUAAUUUUGAGGGAUCACAUUAGCUUUGACACACAUGAACUUGUCUAGAACCAAAACAACGACAACAAAAGCAACAAUAGUACUAUUGUUGUUGUCUCUCUUUGUACCCUUCUAUGUUAUUUUGUCCUACAGUAACCAGAUUCCUGGAUGUUCAGCCCUCUAUGUGUGGUUGCUACCUUAUGUUGUGGUAGCUUUGAUGGUAACAUUGGUAAUAGUCGCGGCCCGCGCCACCAUGGUGACAUGGAUCACAGUUCUGGUUCUGCUAGCCUUUGCAGGAAACCGUCGCCGGGUGCUGGUUCAACAUGGAAGGAAGAUCACUGCUGAUGUUGCAAUGCACUUGGUCAAGGUUGUGCUCAAAGAAAGAGGCCUGGUUGCUGUGGCUUGUGCAACAAUUGUGAGCCUGAUGGCUAUGAUUCGCAUAAUAGAGGCUAAAUGAAAUUUCCUUGUCAAUUUUUGCUUAAACAUAUAUAAAGUGUUAGCUUGCAUUUGGUUUAAAAUUGAGAAAUAGAUCCAGAUUGCAUUGUUCUUUA